UACCAACACUGUGACACUAGAAUUUUCAAUUAUCAUCUUUAUAAUUGCUGAUGGAGACAAUCAGAUAUAAAUGUUAUAGUUACAAAAUACCUGAUUAUUUAAAGCAGCAAUCUCAAUUCUCAUUUCUUAUCGGUUUGACAAUUGGCAUCUAGCAACUUAGAACUUGGCAGCAGGCAGCUUUCAUUUUAGAGAUUUUAUUAAAAUGAACACAACAAAGGUAAAUAAAAAUAAAUCUCACCCUCAACCCAGCAAAAUUGAAACCGAAAAAGUACGUAACAAGAAAGCAAAACGUAAACGCAAACAUAGUUUCAAAAGGUGUCGUAAAGAAACCAAAAAUAAUCAAUUUUCAAUCGCAAUGUCUACAUGGGCUCAGAAUUUCACAAUGGCAUCAAACUGGCAAAUGAAACAUGAACUUGCCUUUUGGAAAGCCAGAGCAAAAACGCUAGAGUACGAAAAUAGAUUAUUACACGAUGUUAUUAAAAAGAAUUACCUAAAAACAUCGGAAGUUUCAAUAGAAAUUAAUGAUCAGAAAAAUGAUGAGAGUGAAACUCAACAGGACCAAUCACAACAAUUUAACAUAGAUGGUGCAGAAUGUUAUGAGGACAUCGUUGAAGACGAUGACGAUGAUUGUAUGGAGGAUGAGAAUGAUGAUUUUGUAGUCAGUGAAGAGUUUAUUGAGUUUGUAAGAGCAAAUGCUAAGUUUAAAGAGGAUGCUAGGCAAGAACGCGAAAGGUUAAGGAAACAACAAGAUACAACUGAAGAACAAGUAGAAGAUAAUGUUAUGACUGAAGACAAAUUAAAAGAGCUUUAUGGGGAGAAAUGGCAAAAAAUAUGUGCAUUAGAGAUGUCUCUAUUAACGGACUUUAUAAAUAAGAAAGAUAAGGCUACAUAUUGGCCCAAUAUACCUUUUAAUUUUAGCUAAGACAUAAUAAAUAGAUAUGAAAAAGUUUUAGUAACAAAAGUCACUGCCCAUUUCUAAUUACGUCUUGGGUUUAAUGUAGAAAUAUAUAAUUUCUACUUUUUUUACUUAGAUAGAAGCAUCUCUAUGGAGCAGAUAGAAGAAACAACCUCCUUGUACACUAAUAAUUGUUAAUUGUGUAUUGACAACUAUGGACACUUGAUAUAAUAAAUAUUUUACUGUGAUUGCAGAUUGUAUUAUAAAGAAAAUAAUAAAAACUUUAAACAAUG